GACGCGAGGCUGAUGGCAAGAAGCCCAUGGCUUUGGCAUCGCUGGCCCCUGUCCGCUGGUUUCACUUUGUCCACGAUCAUGGGUCUAAGGAGUUGCAGCUUUAGUGCUACGGUGGGCAGCUCCGGAAACCCUUCGCAGAGGGCCGGUCUUUUCAACGAGGCCCACCUGGCGGCCGACGUUCAGCGGAUCUUCAUCGAUGGCGACUGCAUCUGCGAGUCCUUUUACCCCUACAUGCAGACGUUGGCCAAUCGGUCGAAGCUGGCGGUGUUUGUCGCGGUAAAAGGUGACCAGAGGAUCGCCAAGGACAGGCUUCGAAGAAGACUUCUGGAGUCUGGCAUUGACGAAUCGCAGCUUCUGCUGGUGCCCACGAGGACCGGGGCGGAGAACGCUGCAGAUGUGGUGCUCACCUACCUCUAUGGACGCUAUGCGGGCACGAAGAACUACCUUGUUUCCGAUGACCGCAAGUGGUUCGAG